AUGGUAAAUCCACUAAGCAGAGAAACUAAAAAUGGGUAAUGAAAUGAAAGUAAUAACCUGAAUCUGAAUAGAGAAAGAAACGCAAUCAAAUCAAAGAUGGAGAAGACGAAGGAAAUCCUGCAACGGAAGCUAAGCCAACAAGAAACGGAAGCCUUGUCACGACUCCAAUCGGUUCCUGCCAUAAGAGCCGGCGAUAACUCAAGCUUCUAUGAACAUUUCAUUCUCACCGGAAUCAAAGUUGAACAAGUCCAACCUGGUUUCAUCUCAUGCUCUUUCAUAGUUCCUCCUCGUCUCACCGACAGCACUGGGAAGAUGGGUAAUGGUGCAAUUGCAACUCUUGUGGAUGAGGUUGGAGGUGCUUUAGUCCAUCAAGAGGGUCUCCCCAUGAAUGUUUCAGUCGACAUGUCUAUUUCUUUUCUUUCAACUGCUCAUGUUAAUGAUGAACUAGAAAUUACUUCUAGGCUAUUAGGAAGGAAAGGAGGUUAUUCCGGAACAAUUGUUCUUCUAAAAAAUAAAGCUACUGGAGAAUCAAUAGCAGAAGGCCGACAUUCACUAUUUGGUAGGCAUAAUAGCAAAAUGUAAUUCUUAUAUUGUAGAUGUACAUAAAUAUACGCAAUAAUAUCAGGGUUUUCUUUUGGAAACAUAUUUGGAAUGGAUGAGCACAUAAUUGGCAUUUUGUAUAUAAAAAAAUGAAACAAAAUUUCCAUGUGAUGA